CUUUAGGGUAUGCACGCCAUACGUGCCCAUUGAAGCUAUAUUAAAAAGAGGAGCGCUCUCCGCGCUGGCGGCUUCGACUUGCUUGCAAGGCUGUGUUAUGGAGCCUUGAAUUCAGGUUUCAGGAUAUAAAGAAAGCGAAAGGCGCCUUGCAACGAAGGCCCAUCCGUGUCAAGCCCUGGCUGGCGUGGAGUAGCGUCGUUGCCCCUAGGACACAUUCCUCGAUUGACGCCGCAUUGCAGAGGAUAGAAAGAAGCGUGCGCUUCUGUUGCGGCCUUUGCGAUCAUGGUGGACACGCAGCCGCCUUUCGAUGCCAGCAGCCCGCUCUGGGCUGACCUCAGCCCUGUCUAUCAGCAGGAGUGCGAUUCACCGCUUUGUCCAAUCUUGUAUGAUCCCAAGUACUCCAAAGCGAUGGACCUCUUUCGAGCGCUCACGCUUAAGCCUGAAUACAGCGCGCGGGCGCUGGCGCUGACGACGCACCUGAUUCGACUCAAUCCAUCCAAUUACAGCUUAUGGGCCUUUCGCGCGCGGAUACUGCUCUCGGAGUCGGAAGCACACCAAGCGCCGAUGACUGACGAUGCGUUCGUUUUGCCACUUUCGACCUCAUUGAGGGAACGGCUGGCGCAGGAACUAGACUUUAUGGACGUCCUAGCGAAGGAAAAUAUGAAAAACUAUCAAGUCUGGCAACAUCGCAAAGUGGUCGUUGCGGAGUUGAGCAAGUGUGUCGCUGUGUCGCACGCCACGCAUACAGCAGACGCGCAGCCAUCAACAGCUGCCCAAGCGGAGGAGGAAGAGUGGAAGCAAGCAGCAGCGCGCGAGCUGUACUUUGUUGCGCAAACGCUCAGCCAAGAUGCCAAAAACUAUCAUACUUGGGCGUACAGGCAAUGGGUGCUGUGCCACUUUGGCGGUCUUCCGGACAAAAGAGGAUAUGAUGCCGCGCAGGAAGCAGUUUCCGGCAGUAUGACGGCCAUUCGGAGAGCGACAGCCCGGUCGGUCUGGGCGGGCGAGCUGGCGUAUGUAGAGAUGCUGCUGGACGCGGACCUGCGGAACAACAGCGCAUGGAACCAUCGCUUCUUUACGCUCUUCGCCUCGGGCAGAGCCGCGAGCGACGAUACAAUAGCGUCAUCAACACCGGCAGCAGCAGCACCAGACGCGGCGGCGCUAGAACCGGAGGUGCGGAUGGUCCUCAGCGAAGUCGAGUACGUUCAGUCGAAGUUGCGCAUCGCGAGAAACAACUGCAGCGCUUGGAACUAUCUACGAGGAAUUGUGCAGCGUCUCUUCUCCGAUGGAUCCCCUGGAGGGUCCACCGACGGAUCAUGCCAGCCGUCUGCGAGGCGGGAGCUAGCGACACAGAUACGAAAGGAGGUGGACGCAUUUGCGCACUCAUUGAUCCCAGAAGUCCCAGAAGCGCGAGGCCAGGAUGUACCACUCGCGCUCGAAUGGCUUCUCGACUCGGCAGAGCUGGAACUCACCACCUGCGGUCCUACUCGUUCGCGACGACUGAUAGCGGAGGCAGAAGAGAUCAUCAAACGUAUCAAAAUUGCCGAUCCGAUGCGUACACGCUACUGGGAGUACAGACGCGCAGGGUUUCGUGCCGCCUAGCUGCAUCGUCACCCCACAUUCGCCCUUGCCUGGAGGGUGCCUUCCCGCGCAUUUGCCUACCCUCCUCGCUGCUGUUUGUUCUUCUCACUGUAUCAUACUGACUGGCAUUGACGACAACAUGGGAUCGUGAAGCUAUGGAAUGAUGCGCUGACGACCUGGCAUGUAUGCUGUAUAUU